GAAAUUCCCAUUGAAUUAGAUAAUCUAAAUGCUCUGGAAAAACUCGUCAUGCGUGACAACAAGCUCAAUGGGUCAAUCCCUAAGACCAUAUUCAACAUUUCCUCCUUAAAGGUGAUAGAGUUUUCUUUCAAUGAACUAUCAGGAGAUCUCCCAAUAACUACAUUGGGCUCACAACUUACCAAUCUUGAGUGGCUUGGUGUAAGCAGUAACAACCUCAGUGGAAGCAUCCCACCAUCAAUCUCCAAUGCCUCUAAGCUUUGGGUUCUGGAGCUAUCUAACAACACAUUCCACGGCCGUGUUCCUGAUGCCCUUAGCAAUCUGCAAUCCAUCCAAUGGUUUCACAUAUGGGGCAAUAGAGAUCUCGUUGUUCCUCCUUCCUUCCUCACUUCUCUGACGAGGUGCGCUCAUCUGGAAGUACUAGACUUUUCAUCCACUCUGUUUGAGGCUGCACUUCCAAGUUCCAUAGGCAACCUCUCCUCGUCCAUGGAACAGUUUGUAGCACUAAACUGCGGGUUGAAGGGCUACAUCCCAGAUGCAGUUGGUAACUUGAGCAACUUGGUGAGGCUCGAGCUCUCAUCCAAUCAGUUAAGUGGAUCCAUCCCGCGAGCGAUACAACGAUUGAGGAUGCUCCAGGGUUUGAAUCUUGCAGAUAAUGAGUUGCAGGGACCCAUUCCUAAUGAGCUUUGUGAGUUGCAAGCAUUAGUGGAGCUAUCCUUAAGUGACAACAACCUUUCUCGACAAAUUCCAGAGUGCUUAGUCAAGCUGACUUCCCUGCAACUAUUGUACUUGCAGUUCAACAAGUUGAGCUCUGCCAUACCUUCUUCAUUUUGGAAUCACAGCUCUUUGAUAACAUUGAGCAUGGAGGGAAACUUUCUAACUGGUCAUCUUCCUCCACAAAUCAGCAACUUGAAAGCCAUGGUUGAGAUGCGCUUAUCAAGGAAUCGUUUGUCAGGUGACAUUCCUGCAAGUAUUGGAGGUCUUACAAAUUUACAAUACUUGUAUAUGGAUCAAAACAAUUUCCAAGGCCCCAUUCCUGAUACUCUUGCCAGCAUCUUCACUUUGAAAUCCUUGGAUCUCUCGUCCAAUAAUCUCUCCGGCGAUAUCCCGAAAUCCUUGGAGUCACUGAGGGAUCUGCAAUAUUUCAAUGUAUCACAUAAUCAACUAUGGGGAGAAAUACCCAGUAAAGGUGCGUUUGAAGAACUUUCCUCAGAUUCAUUUAAGGGGAAUCCUGCAUUAUGUGGGUUACCCAAGUUUGGGGUUCCGUCGUGUCCUCGACCCAGGGAAAAGAAACUUGGACAUAAGCACUCAAGAAAGUUACUUAUUGCACUCAUUCUCUUCCUAGUGGUUGUUGCUAUUGCUGCUCUGUUUGUGGUGAUAUUUUGUUGGCGGAAAAGAAAAGUAGAUGAAAGAAGCAACAGGGGAGAAGAAUCACCUUUGAUUAAAUGGAAACGAAUUUCCUUGCUUGAGCUUCAGAGAGCAACUAAUGGAUUUGAUGAUAGCAACUUGUUGGGAAAAGGAAGCUUUGGUCAUGUGUAUAAAGGGGAGUUAGCAGACGAAACCGAUGUAGCCGUGAAGGUGUUCAAUGAUUUGAAAGAAGAAGAAGCCAAUGAGAGGUUGAACAUUGUGAUAGAUGUUGCAUCUGCUCUCGAAUAUCUCCAUCACGGUUAUUCGGUUCUUAUUGUUCACUGUGAUUUGAAGCCCGAGAACGUGUUGUUGGACGGAGAUCUAGUUGCUCGUCUAGGUGAUUUCGGCAUUUCCAAGUUGCUAGGUGGCGUUGAUUCCAUCACCCGGACAUUAACGUUGGGCACAGUUGGAUACAUAGCACCAGAAUUCGGUGGGGAAGGAAUUGUGUCGAUAAAGAGCGACGUGUAUAGUUUUGGUAUUCUACUAAUGGAAGUUUUCACGAGAAGGAAACCCACAGAGGAAUCAUUUGACGGGGGAAGGAACAUGAAGCAAUGGGUUACUACAUUACUACCUACGAGAGUGACUGAGCUUGCUGAUGCAAAUUUGUUGACGGAUGAAACAAGAAUACACCUCACGACUAAAGUCGAUUGCAUAUCAUCAAUUAUGAAACUCGCAUUAACAUGUUGCAUAGACACACCUGAAGACAGGAUGGAUAUUAGUGAUGUGCUUUCCAAUCUUAAGAAGAUAAAGUUACAAAUCUCAAAGUCGAGACGCUUGGAUUGCGAAUUUAAAUAGAUAGAGUGGAUUCGUACUUAUAGCUAGCGUUGAAGUUGAGAUACUAUUAAAUUGGUGAUGAUAUGUAUAAUGAAAAUCUUGGGUAGCAAUGACUCACGUAGUUCUUGCUCUGUAUGUGUUGAAACUUUAAACUUUAU